UGUAGCUUUUGUUUGUAGUCUUGAAAAGGAAGUGACGUACAAAUCGUGAAUCGCCAUGGACGAAAUCGGGCUUGGGGCACCAACAGAAAAGGAGGAAUCCUCAUUAUCGGAGUCCCGGCCUGGGACUGCACCUCAUUCUGGUAGUGGUGGAGAUCCGCUAAGUUUAGAUGUUGAGGAUUUUUACGUUAAAUACAAAAAACUUCAGAGGCAGCUGGAGUUCUUGCGUGUACAGGAGGAAUAUAUCAAAGAUGAGCAGAAAAACCUGAAAAAGGAAUAUCUACAUGCUCAAGAAGAAGUAAAGCGUAUUCAGAGUGUGCCACUUGUCAUUGGUCAGUUUUUGGAGGCUGUUGACCAGAACACAGGAAUAGUAGGCUCCACAACAGGGUCCAACUACUAUGUCCGCAUUUUGUCCACCAUUGAUCGUGAACUGCUGAAGCCCUCAGCCAGUGUGGCUUUGCACAAGCAUAGUAAUGCUUUGGUGGAUGUGCUGCCUCCUGAAGCUGAUAGCAGCAUAACUAUGCUGCAGGCAGAUGAAAAGCCUGAUGUGUCAUAUGCCGAUAUUGGAGGAAUGGACAUUCAAAAACAGGAGGUGAGAGAGGCAGUGGAGCUUCCCUUGACCCACUUUGAGCUCUACAAACAGAUAGGUAUUGAUCCUCCACGUGGUGUCCUCAUGUUUGGUCCACCUGGCUGUGGAAAAACCAUGCUGGCCAAAGCUGUGGCUCACCACACCACAGCUGCUUUCAUCCGUGUCGUGGGGUCAGAGUUUGUACAAAAGUAUCUUGGUGAAGGACCUCGGAUGGUGCGGGAUGUGUUUCGCCUUGCCAAAGAAAAUGCCCCUGCCAUCAUCUUUAUUGAUGAAAUUGAUGCAAUAGCUACAAAACGCUUUGAUGCCCAAACUGGGGCUGAUCGUGAAGUUCAGAGAAUUCUUCUAGAGCUGUUGAACCAGAUGGAUGGUUUUGAUCAAACAGUCAAUGUUAAGGUUAUUAUGGCCACCAACAGGGCAGAUACUCUGGAUCCAGCCCUACUUCGACCUGGUCGUUUGGAUCGAAAAAUUGAAUUUCCUCUUCCAGACCGACGUCAGAAGCGUCUUAUAUUUUCUGCCAUUACUGGGAAGAUGAAUCUGAGUGAGGAAGUUGACCUGGAGGACUAUGUUGCCCGUCCAGAUAAGAUCUCAGGUGCUGACAUCAAUGCCAUUUGUCAGGAGGCAGGGAUGCAGGCAGUACGAGAAAACCGGUAUAUAGUUCUUGCCAAGGACUUUGAAGGUUAUAAGAACAACAUCAAGAAGGAUGAAACAGAACAUGAGUUCUACAAGUGAUGAGAUUGUGAUUGUGUGCAUGGUUGGGACGUAUGACAGAAAGAUAAAAUUGUUGUUAUUUGAGAAUUCUGAUAUGUAAGACAUUCUUUAUUGUGUUGAUCUGUGCUUUAUUUAGAAGAAUACACAUUUCCCUCAAUCUAUUUUAUUUGCUGCAGCAUGGCAUCAAUAAAACUAUGUGAAGACCA